UUUUAGGAUUCAGGGUUUUGUUUCGUCGCCAGGUUUCGGAAGAACCUCUGCGGACCGACAGUUCUUUUACGUUAAUAAAAGACCUACGGAUUUUCCUAAGAUGAAAAAGCUGAUUGCCUAUGUCUACCAUAUGUUCAGUCGCGACGAAUGUCCAGUGAUUGUAUUGGACGUUUUGGUUUUAAAAGGUCACGUCGACCCAAAUGUCAUGCCGGACAAAACCACGUCAUUUAUUGAGAAUGAGGAUCUGCUCUUAGCUACAGUGAAGUUUUCUCUCAUCGAAAUGUUUCAGGGAAGUUCUUGCAUUGGUUCCGUAGGUCACUCAUCAUCUGACACACCGUCCCCGUCGUCAGAGCGAACCUUGGAGCGAAACGCUGACAGCAUUUCUGUGGAAUCAUCAGUUUCCGAUAUCGACGUGCUUCCUAAACCGCUGACAUCUUCAUUACUCCCUGAUGGCAAGGACGAUUCUCUAAUGUGUCUAACAUUGGAUACUCCAGCACCGAAAGAAGUAGGUCCAUCAGACUUUUACUAUCCUACGAUUGCCCCUUCGCAAAACGAGGCGGCUGUGCAAGAAUUAGAACAAAAUUUCAGGAAAGAGGCGUUCAAUGAAAUGGAAGUGGUUGGGCAGUUCAACCUUGGUUUCAUCAUCGGAAAAGUUCGACACAGUCUGUUCAUCAUUGAUCAGCACGCCAGCGACGAAAAAUACAACUACGAGAGAUUUCUGUACUCUGCAGCCAUACAGAGUCAACGACUCAUGUAUCCUAUUCAGCUGAACCUGAUGCCUGCUGAGAUCAGCGUUGUUUUGGACAAUCAGUGGGUGUUUGAAAAGAACGGCAUUGAACUUGACGUUGUUCAGGCUGAUGCUUCAAAAGUGACAGUUCAUCUCAAGGCUCUUCCUGUCUGUCAUGAAAUCACGUUUAACGCAGCAGGUAUUUUUAGCGCGUGUGUGUGUGUGUGUGUGUGUGUGUAUGAUCCGGUCAUUCUUAAAGAAAUGCCGUCAUUUCGCUUUAAUAAUGCGGUUUGCAUCGUUGAGUUGAUCAGUCAAGAGUGGAAUAUCGGUUGA